AAGUCUGACGAAUCUAAAAGACGUCACGUAACACUGUCGUCUGCAACAGUGCUAAAUUGCCUCUCCCGCCGGCAGCCCAUCUUUGUCGUGGACCAACACUUUUACCGGAAAUAGGCCUGCUUUGUUGGCUGACGCAGUCCACAGGGUGGUCCUAAACCCCAAAAUACCCUGCCCUGUGACUUGCUGACGUGUGCCAACGGGCCCUACCGUCACCCCUCCUGUGGAACAAGGACGACGUGUGCGGGCCCCACCUUGUCCCCUCCCCCGGCUGCACAACAUAUUUCCGGUAAUACCCCUACUUGUGUUCUUUUACCAUUUUGCCCCCUCCGAGUCUGACUUUCUUCGUACAACGCACGUUUUUCGCCUUCGGCCCCUACAGUGACAUGGCACGUGAGAUGGCACCCGUGUUCCCCUUCCUAUAAAUAGCAGUUCCCCUCCCCCCAAACUUCUCACACCCUUCUUCACAAUAUAAAUAAUUGAAUUUAAUUACUUCCCCUCUCUCUCUCUCUCUCUCCUCUCUCUAAAAAUACACACACAGUUUCUGUUUUUUCGUAGCUACAUUCGUUCCAUCAAUGGCGGUCGAAUCGAUCCUUUCGUCUCCGUUGGGUCCUCCGGCAUGCGAGAAAGACGCAAAGGCACUUCAAUUCGUUGAAGAAAUGACCCGAAACGCCGAUUCGGUUCAGGAGAACGUGCUUGCCCAAAUCCUGACCCGAAAUGCAGAAACCGAAUACCUCAAGGGUUUCAACCUCAACAGAGCCACCGACCGUGAAACGUUCAAAUCGAAAAUUCCGAUGGUUACCUACGAAGAUCUCCAGCCGUUGAUCCAGAGAAUCGCCGACGGCGAUCGUUCCCCAAUUUUGUCUUCUCACCCUGUUUCAGAAUUCCUCACCAGCUCUGGAACAUCAGCUGGAGAGAGAAAGCUUAUGCCAACAAUCAAAGAAGAAUUGGAUCGUCGCCAGCUUCUCUACAGUCUUCUCAUGCCUGUUAUGAACCUAUACGUUAAGGGAUUGGACAAAGGCAAAGGACUUUACUUCCUAUUCAUCAAAUCCGAAACCGAGACUCCGGGCGGGCUUGUAGCCCGACCCGUUUUAACAAGCUACUACAAAAGCGAGCACUUCAAGACCCGGCCCCACGACCCGUACAACGUCUACACCAGCCCCAAUGAAGCCAUCCUCUGCCCCGACUCGUUCCAGAGCAUGUACACACAGAUGCUCUGCGGCCUUUACCAACGCGAACAAGUCCUCCGUGUUGGAGCCGUGUUCGCCUCCGGCCUCCUCCGCGCAAUCCGCUUCCUCCAGCUGAAUUGGCAGCAAUUGGCCGACGACAUCCGGACAGGGUCGCUCAACCCGAAAGUAACCGACCCGUCUGUCCGCGAAUGCAUGACCCGGAUGAUGUCCAAACCCGACCCGGAGCUGGCUGAUUUCAUUGCCCGGGAAUGCUCGGAGGAGAAUUGGGAGGGUAUUAUAACCCGAAUUUGGCCUAACACGAAGUACUUGGAUGUGAUUGUUACCGGCGCUAUGGCGCAGUAUAUUCCGACGCUCGAUUACUACAGCGGCGGUUUGCCGAAGGCUUGCACCAUGUACGCAUCUUCGGAGUGUUAUUUUGGGCUGAAUCUCAACCCCAUGUGCAAGCCUUCGGAAGUUUCGUACACAAUCAUGCCGAACAUGGCCUACUUCGAGUUCCUGCCGCACGAGCCGAACUCGACUCGCGACUCGCCCGCGCGGCGACUCGUUGACCUUGCCGACGUGGAAAUCGGGAAGGAGUAUGAGCUGGUGAUCACGACUUACGCGGGUCUGUGCCGGUACCGAGUCGGUGACAUACUCCGAGUCACCGGGUUCCACAACUCGGCGCCGCAGUUCCAGUUCAUUAGGCGGAAGAAUGUCCUGCUCAGCAUCGACUCCGACAAGACCGACGAGGCGGAGCUGCAGGCGGCGGUGGAGAACGCGUCUAGGCUCCUCCGGGAGUCCAACACCAGCGUGGUGGAGUACACCAGCUACGCAGAUACGAAAACCAUCCCGGGGCAUUAUGUCAUAUACUGGGAGUUGCUGGGGAAGGACUCCGGCGAGUCGCCGAGCGGGCGCGUGCUGGACAGGUGCUGCCUGGCGAUGGAGGAAUCGCUCAACUCGGUCUACCGUCAGUGCCGAGUCGCGGACAACUCGAUCGGGCCGCUGGAGAUCCGGGUCGUGAGAAACGGCACGUUCGAGGAGCUAAUGGACUACGCGAUUUCAAGAGGCGCGUCGAUUAACCAGUACAAAGUGCCCAGGUGCGUGAGCUUCACGCCGAUCAUGGAACUUCUUGACUCGCGAGUCGUGUCAACUCACUUCAGCCCAUCAUUGCCACGUUGGACCCCUGAACGUCGUCGGUAAUAUAAUAGAAAAAAAGGAUAAAAUAAUUUGAGAGUGACCGACCAACAAAAGAGAAGUCAAUGCCAUGAAAAGAUUCCCUUUAGUUUUUUUUUCUUUUUUUCUUUUUUGGUAUUUAAGAAAGUUUAGUUUCAUUUAAUUUUUUUUGUGGGUUAUUGUGAUUAGGUGUGUAAAGUAGAAAGAGAUGUCUGAAAGUAAUUAGGUCUUUAUUUUCAGACUCGUUUCAAUGAAUUGAACUUUGUUUUGUGUUCUUCAAUUUGUUCAAGUAAAGUAUCUAAAAUUAUGAGAUAUAUAGGGGAUGUUUGGUUUUAUUUCCAAAA